CACGAUUUCUAGUGGACUUCUAUUGCCUUGCAACUUGACGAAGGAAAUACAUUCAUUCAAAAUGCUCGGCUGGAUCAAAUCUUUCGGGCUCCUUGUCCUCCUGGCGUCUGUCGUCCACGCCCAGUUCCAAUUCUUCGAGCAUAUGUUUGGCGGCGGCGGCGGCGGCCAUCAACAUCAGGCUCCGCAAAAUGUUCCUAGCGAUAGUUCUCGGUAUCAGAAUCAAUGGGAGUCAGCUCACUGCGAUCGCUACCUGUGCCCCGGAACCCUAGCAUGCGUUCACUUUCCCCACCACUGUCCAUGCCCGCAUCCCGAUGUCGAAGAGAAGAUUGAGCUAGGAGAAGGGAGUGCUGUCUGCGUCUCUAAGGGAGGGUUUAAAGCCGGCGAAGCUGCGCGUAAGGUCGAACUGGCGCGCAAGGGUCUUUUGUGAUUGUAUGCGGGAUAUCGGUGGAUUACUGCAUUCUGUUAAGCUACGCGACGGCUACGGAGCAUGUACUGGGACCUUUCGCAGGUUGAGAAUAGGUUGUCGAAGUCUGCUUUGCUUGACUUCCAGGGAGCAUUUUGGCUGGAUGAGAGCGAACGUCUAAUCACUACGCGAAUGGCUAUCAAUACCCUUCAAUAGCUUUGCCUCAAAGGCUCGAUGGAUUCAAACGUGGCACAUGUCUCCCCAGCUCUAUGUCAGUACAGUAAAUAGGUGCUCAGGAUGCCUCACUAUGAUAGCG